GUCGCCGCAAAAAAGCUCUCAUAUCUCCAGUGUUUCGCGGGCUGGUCGGUUGUCUUGGAACUCGCGGUCGAAAAUGUGGAUCGUGUUGUAUAUUUUAUUGGCCCUGCCGUUGCUGGUGGUUGCCUAUCUGGAGUUGAGCACGUAUCGGCGGAAAAAAGUGCUUAACAAGUUCAACGGCCCAAGCGGCCUGCCGCUGGUGGGAAACGCUCAUCAAAUGGGCAAGAAUCCCGCAGAGAUUCUCGACACCCUGUUCUCCUGGUGGCAUCAGUACGGAAAAGGCAACUUCGCCUUUUGGAUCGGAACAUAUUCCAAUGUAUUGGUCACUAGCUCCACGUACCUUGAAUUCAUACUCAGCAGCCAGACGCUGAUCACAAAGUCCGACAUUUAUGAACUAACACAUCCCUGGCUGGGAUUGGGUCUGCUCACCAGUACUGGCAGCAAAUGGCACAAACAUCGCAAGAUGAUCACCCCUGCCUUCCACUUCAACAUCCUGCAGGAUUUCCACGAGGUGAUGAACGAGAACUCCGCAAAGUUCAUCAAGCACUUGAAGUCGGUUGCUGCUGGGGACAAUAUCUUCGACUUCCAGGAAGAGGCACAUUACUUGACCCUGGACGUUAUUUGCGAUACAGCGAUGGGCGUGUCCAUCAAUGCCAUGGAAAACCGCAGCUCUUCCAUUGUGCAGGCCUUUAAUGACAUGUGCUACAACAUCAACAUGAGAGCCUUCCAUCCGCUGAAGCGCAACGAAAUGCUGUAUCGACUGGCUCCGGACUACCCGGCCUACAGGAGGACGCUAAAGACCCUCCAGGACUUUACCAAUGAGAUCAUCGCUAAGCGCAUUGAAGCCCACAAAUCAGGUGCAGUUUCGACCAGUGAAGGAGAUGAGUUCACGCGCAGGAAAAUGGCCUUUUUGGACACCCUGCUGUCCUCCACUAUCGAUGGCCGUCCCCUGAACUCCAGGGAGCUGUACGAAGAGGUCUCCACAUUUAUGUUUGAAGGACACGAUACUACCACUUCCGGAGUGUCGUUCGCUGUCUAUCUGCUUUCCAGACACCAAGAUGAACAGCGCAAACUAUUUGACGAACAACGGCAAAUAAUGGGUGAUUCUAAGCUGGGUCGCGACGCCACCUUCCAGGACAUAUCCCAAAUGAAGUACUUGGACCUCUUCAUCAAGGAGGCCCAGCGCGUUUAUCCCAGCGUACCCUUCGUGGGACGAUUUACGGAAAAGGACUAUGUUAUAGAUGGGGAUCUCGUACCCAAGGGAACCACACUGAACUUGGGUAUCGUGAUGCUGGGCUACAACGAAAAGGUGUUCAAGGAUCCCCACAAGUUCCGACCUGAGCGCUUUGAACUGGAGAAACCAGGACCUUUUGAGUAUGUACCCUUCAGCGCUGGACCCCGAAACUGUGUUGGCCAGAAGUUCGCCCUGCUGGAGAUCAAGACCGUGGUAUCCAAGAUCAUCCGAAAUUUCGAGGUGCUUCCUGCUCUGGAUGAGCUCGUCUCUAAGGACGGUUAUAUAAGUACCACCAUAGGCCUAACUGAUGCCGAAAGGAAGAAGCGGGAUCCAAACCGGCACAAAUACGACCCUAUUCUGUCCGCUGUACUAACCCUAAAAUCCGAAAAUGGCCUACACAUUCGACUGAAGGAAAGGCACUGAAGUGCCAAUUUAUUGAACUUUUUGUUUAGUUUAGUGCUUGCAUUUUGCUUAACUACAAUUAUUAGGGAGCUGUUAAUCAGGCGAAGUAGAACAAAUACAUUUUUAAACGGA